GCAAAGACAACACGUGAUGCGGUGUGCGAGGCGCCCUCUGGGACUUGUAGUCUUCUUCCAGAGCGCGGCUCGAAGGGGGUGGGGCAAGGUGCUGUUGUGCUGCUGAUUGACUCCUCCGGUGGUCCCACGGCCUCCGUGGGGAAGGGGGCAAACGUCCCGUUCCCAUUCCGGGCCUACGCUCCCCCGGCGGAAAGGAAGAGAUUCUAUCAGAAUGUCACCAUCACACAGGGUGAAGGCGGCUUUGAGAUAAACCUGGACCACAGGAAGCUGAAAACUCCCCAAGCCAAGCUCUUUACUGUCCCCAGUGAGGCCCUGGCCAUCGCAGUGGCCACUGAGUGGGACUCCCAGCAGGACACCAUCAAGUUCUACACCAUGCACCUGACCACAUUGUGCAACACGUCUUUAGACAACCCAACGCAACGAAACAAGGACCAGCUGAUCCGGGCAGCUGUGAAGUUUCUGGACACCGAUACCAUCUGCUACAGGGUGGAAGAGCCAGAGACAUUAGUGGAACUUCAAAAGAACGAGUGGGACCCAAUCCUAGAAUGGGCUGAGAAAAGGUAUGGCGUGGAGAUUGGCUCUUCCACCAGCAUAAUGGGGCCCAGCAUCCCAGCCAGGACUAAGGAGGUGCUCAUCAGCCACCUGGCAUCUUACAACAUGUGGGCCCUACAAGGGAUUGAGUUCGUCGUGACCCAACUCAAGUCUGUGAUGCUGACCUUGGGCCUGAUGGACCUGCGCCUGACAGUGGAGCAGGCCGUGCUGCUGUCACGCCUGGAGGAGGAGUACCAGAUCCAGAAGUGGGGCCACGUGGAAUGGGCCCAUGACUAUGAGUUGCGGGAGCUCCGGGCACGCACGGCCGCAGGCACCCUCUUUGUCCACCUCUGCUCCGAGAGCACCACGGUCAAGCACAAGCUCCUGCAGGAGUGA